AUGGGUUUCGCCCAAGAGGCGGCGACGGCGCGAGGGGAUACCGGGCCGGGCCGCCGCCGGGCCGGCCAGCGGGGCUGCGGCUGUCGCGGGGGCCCGACUUUGGCGGGCGCCGGGAGCAGCUGCCGCCUCUUUCUGGCUUUCUUCGCGUUGUCGCUGGCCCUCCACCUGCUGACGCUCUGCUGCUACCUGGAACUGCGCUCUGAGCUGAGGAGAGAGUUAGCCGCCGAGGCUCGCCGCGCCCCCGCUCCCGCCGGGCCGCCCGCCGGACCCCCCGACUCUACAAUCGAUGCCUCCCGGGACUCCUUGGCCGCCCGCCGCCGCCGCCAACGCGGGCAGCUGCCACAUCAACUCCAACAGCAGCAGCAGCAGCAGCAGCAGCAGCAACAGCAGCAACAGCAGCAGCAACAGCAGCAGCAGCAGCAGCAGCAGCAGCUGUUGCCACCGCCCGAACCCGAGCCCAGGAAGACGCCACUUCUCCCCGGCCCAGGGGACCCGCAGCAGUUGGCCCUGCUGAAUUUCUUCUUUCCUGAAGAAAAGCUCCCCAAUGCAGAAGAAAGCAGACAUGCUCAGCGCAGCAAGAGGAGCAAAAGCAGUGAAGGAGCAGACGGUCCAGUUAAAAACAAGAAAAAGGGAAAAAAGGCCGGCCCUCCCGGGCCAAAUGGUCCCCCGGGACCCCCUGGGCCUCCAGGCCCCCAGGGGCCUCCAGGAAUCCCAGGAAUCCCCGGCAUCCCUGGCACAACAGUCAUGGGACCUCCUGGGCCCCCUGGGCCCCCUGGGCCUCAAGGCCCUCCAGGGUUGCAAGGCCCCUCAGGUGCAACCGACAAGGCUGGAGCUCGAGAGAUCCAGCCCGCCGUGGUGCAUCUCCAAGGCCAAGGCUCUGCCAUCCAAGUGAAGAAUGAUCUUUCAGGUGGAGUACUCAAUGACUGGUCUCGCAUCACCAUGAACCCCAAGGUGUUUAAACUGCACCCCCGCAGCGGGGAGCUGGAGGUACUGGUGGACGGCACCUACUUCAUCUAUAGUCAGGUAGAAGUUUACUACAUCAACUUCACGGACUUUGCCAGCUACGAGGUGGUGGUGGAUGAAAAGCCCUUCUUACAGUGCACCCGGAGCAUCGAGACGGGCAAGACCAACUACAACACAUGCUACACGGCGGGCGUGUGCCUCCUCAGGGCCCACCAGAAGAUCGCCGUCAAGAUGGUGCACGCCGACAUCUCCAUAAACAUGAGCAAGCACAGCACGUUCUUUGGAGCCAUCCGGCUAGGCGAGGCCCCCGCCUCCUAGACUCUCCCUGGCUGGGAGGCCAGGACACCUGGGGCCGCCCCACCAUUGCACUGCUUUGGACGGAGACGUAGGCGUGUUCCGGCCAAGGAGAGACGGGGGAGAGAGGGCGAGAGCCAGCCGUUCACAGUCUAUUUAUUCCCUGACUAGUGGCUUUCGGGCGAGCCGGUCUGCUGGGACCUGGGGGAGGCGGCAGGUGGGGGGCUGGCCUCGCAAAGGCCAGGCGGAUCUUCAUAGACUCGGUGCCACUAGGUUUGGGAUGAGGGAUCACCCAUAGGCCUGUGGCCUUCAGAACUCGGAACCCACCAGGACUUCAGGGCAGGAACCGGCCGGGCCGAGAGCAAGGGAGGGAGCUGCCAAAGCGGCCCUCGGCUGAGACCCUUGCCCUCCGGGCCCCCGGGCACCAGCAAGAGUCACUGUGGCAGAGAGCACAGGCCUGUUAGCACUCUGAGUUUGGCGCCCACCUCUACCACUUCCCAAGUCUCUUCCUCGGCAUCUCCGGGCCUCACUUGGGCUUGGGGACUCCUGCGGUCCUUUCCAGCUGACUUUACUUUCCUAUCUGCAAGAUGAGGGCUUUGUACUAGAUGGCUUUCCUCCUCUGAAUCUCUGCUUUUGGGAUUUUCCCAAGAUGCACUGUGAAGGAACAGAAGCAGGCACCCUACACCCCACAAACCUACAGGGGUGCUCAUAUUAUGGGCCAAGAGCUGCACCCGCUGCUCAGCUCUGACGGCCCGCGGGCUCCAUCAUGACCGCCUGCUUGAGCUGAGAGGAGGCCCUCCCUCGGUUUUCAGGCUCCAUCCUCAAGUCGGCUCCUCCUCCCACCCCACAUGCUGCAGGCUGGGCUCAGCCAAUGGGACCGUGACCUUUUUCUCGGUUUCUAGGGCCAUCCUCAGCUCUCAGUAUCAUCCUGAGAUUGGGCCGUGUUUCCCUACCCGCCCCCGCCCCGCCAGAAUCCAUCUCUACACCCCCACCCCAGGCUGGCUAUGGCUCCCAUUCUCCCAACCAAAGAGCCUACUCCUGUUGAAACAGGCUCUUAGACUGAGACCAAGGGCUUUUCUCAUCCGAUGUGACGACGCACAAAAGGCUUUCAUUCUGCUUAGAAGCUGGUGCCUGCUGGCCGGGGAUUGGACCAAUUGAUUCCUGGUCGUCCCUUCAAGGCCAAGGAUCCCAGAAGCUAAACCUUAGUCAUGUGAACUAGCCCAGAAGCCUCUAGUAAGUCAGAGCUCCAGGUGGACACUAAACAGAGUGGCUCACUGACUCUCCCUUGAGUCUCGGGCCCUCAAGGGAGUCCACGAUCUGGCCCAGAGGUCACAUUAGUCUCCAGCUCCCAGAAGACCCCUAACUGAACAUUGAGUAGGCAUACCAUAGGACUCCUAAGUGGGAGUCCGUGGGAAGGGAACUGGCCCUGGAUGGAGGGGAGCUGGAUUCAAAUCGUGCUUCUGUUGCCUACUACAAAUGGGACAUUGGCCAAGUUGCUUUGCCUCCUCGGGGCCUCAGUCCCCUCACCUGGUUUCGAGACUUGCGGCCAAUGGGCUUUGAGGAAGCUCCACAAUGGGCUCAGGUAGUCAUUCUCUGGUUUCUAGAAGGUCGCUCUUGCUCAGCAACAACCAUUCCCUAAGUUACUUAGUCCUGUGGAUAAACCGGAGCAGGCCAAGGCUGUCCACCAAGCCAGGGGCUUUCAUCUUCUUGAAUGUGCUAAAGCUUUUCUCCCACUCCCAUCCUGCCUGGCUCUCCCAUGAGGGCAGAACCCGCACGGGGGCCGAGCCACGUGGCUUGUGUCCCCACGGCCAAGUGGCAAGAGCCGCCACCGUCUCACAGAAACUAGUUGCGUCCUUUGGACCGCGGGCCCUGCAGGCACCAACCCAGCAUGGACCUCCCGACUCCUGGAAAGCUCGAUCGCGAUCUCUUGGAUGGCCGGACGCACAAGAGCUUGCUGUUCCCCAGCUCGGGCAGCCAAGUGGGCCUCUCAAAUGGACAGCCCACGGGAGAAAGGCACCAAAAACCUACUGAAGAAAUCCAGAGCUCCGCUACUUCCAGGUAGCACAGGCCAGCCUGGGGACUGCUGGGGCUUCCAUACCAAGAGAAGGGGGCCAUUAACCUUCAGACCCUAUGUCCACUUGCUGUUGGGUCAAGCAGGGCUACUGGUCCCUGCUCCUGACUCAUCACACUAACUGAAUCAGUGUCUACCUCCUGUGGGCUAUGAGGGCACUGAAGGCCCAAAGGGCCCCACUUGAUGUCCAAGGAGAGACACAGAAGAGAAGUGGAGAUGACACUGGAAAGCACCUUGGAGAGCUCCAGAUUCUCUGACCUAAAUGACCUUCCUGACGCUGGCGGUUUGGGAGACGCCAUGAAGGGGCAAGGGCUCCCUUCCCUCUCUCUCAGCCCAAACUACUGGGUGCAACAUGGUGUAGGGUGCCCCAGGCAAUCUCCCUCAGUACCUUCCUAAAGAGCACCUAGGUCUCUGCCCACGGGCUAGGCCCCUGCUCUUUGCAGUAUGGAUGGGACCGACAUGAUCCAUGAAAGGCCUGUGACCGUGAGAUUGUUUGGAAGUUCCUUUGUGGUCAAAGGAAUUAGGAGAAGUUAGAAACGCGCCCCACUGACCCUCACUUUACUUUCCUCGAAGGCUGGAAGAUGAGAGGACGGAUUGAAAUCCUCACUCUGCCUCCCCACCCCACCCCCAACCCCGCCAUGGGUCCCGAGGGACUUUUGACUUUCACAUCAUGACCACUGAUGCAAAAAAUGGGAUGUGGCUUGUCCAGCUGACCGCAGAGGCUCUGGCUCGGUCCCACCAGCACGGUCCAGAGCCCAGAGAUGUCCGGGACUCCCUGCUUGGCCCCCCCACCGUCCUGCCAGCUCCUGCCGGGCCCGAUUCCAAUCUAUCCGGCACACAUUUUUGAAGUGCCUCCCGCGCGCUGGGUCCCCGGAUCCAUCAACAAGCGUGGAUGGGCCCUUCCUCUAGAGGCUUCCUUUGUCCAGCUAACGCCCAAGCAGCUUCUCGUACGUCUACAGUUAGUGACUGUGGAGCCGGGGAGGUUGGUGCAGUGGGUUUGGAGUCCUCAGCCCUGCCUAUGCCCCGAGAAGAAAGUUAAAUUAGCCUCAUUGGGACUUCCCAUCCUCCUUGAGGAUUCUGGCUCUGUUAGCUCACAGAAACCCAGACCCAGAUGGGCCUUGGUUCUGUGGGCCAUGUUAUAAAUAGUCACCAUAUAGGUUUUAUUUAACCCAUUUUUAAUAAAUCUGCUAUUCAACCAAAGUGAGAUGUAACCUCCAUGCGGGUCGCAGCCGUUUCAGCUUGAUUAAAGUGAAAAGAGGUCAGCUGAGCACCCCUGUCUGCCCUGAGCUAGGCUCCCGGCAGGAAAGACCCAGGAUCCCCACAGGAGAGACUAGCACCUCGAGGGGAAGAAGGGGCGAAGCCCCCAUAAACUAAAUGCUUUUUGGAGGGGGCUUGAACUAGUGCUGCUCUUCCAGUUUGUGGGGCUCAGGAGGGGGGUGCAGGAGGGUGGCCCACAGUCCAAGGUCCCGUCCCGGUCGCCACCCUCUACUUCCCCAAUAGCAAGCUGGCGACAUAGGCCAAAGGGAGCAGCCCCCGCCUUCUGACGUCUUCCCGUCCCCCAAGUUUGGUGUCAAGCUCAGGGCGGAGGUGCUGGUGUAAGCUGGGGUCUGGACGCACCAGCGCAAGGCUGUAGGGAGGAGCUUGGAACGGGAGGGUGCUGGUGCCGGUGCUAAUGGCAGCCGAGCCUGGGCCGCACCCCGUCCAGGAGCCAGGAGAGGCGCCGAUCCUCUGUAGGAGGUUGGAGGCCCACGUACUAGGUCUCUACACUCUGCUCUUCAAACUCCACUGGGUCCCUCCAAGAAAGGUUGGGACACCCGGAACCUCUUACUUGGAUAGGAUAUCUCUGUGACUCAGUGCAGGUGGGCCAAGCAAGCCCGGCGGAUGCCAAGUGUGGGAGCACAGGCCUGGUGUGGGAGCACAACCUGACUGCAGCUUGGUGGAGCUACUCUGUGUAUAGCAAGUAUACAUACUGUAUAUAUAAGCCAGGUUGUAAGUUUGUGUAAAUGAAUGGUUUGUUCUUGGCCAAUAAAAGCAUUUCCCCCCCCAUGAGAGGUUGGACUUGUUUGCAAAGGACUGGCCCCUGAUCCCACCAACCAUUGGGCCCCUGCUCUGUGAAAGGUACAAGGUCUUCUUGUUACCCCACCCCCACUUUGUGAGGGAAGGAGAGAAUCCUAGCCACCAAGACCCGGAAAGCAAGGUGCCCUGAGCCACCAUCCUCCCCUUCCCCCUGCCCUUUCUUAGAGUCGCAUACUUGGUCACCUCCAAGGCAAGCCUGGGGCAUGGGCCUGAGCAACAUACAAAUGGGUCUUUUCCUAAGCACUGGAUACUGAGUCUGCCCGGUGGCUGAGCUCAGGGAUCCAAGGCCCUGAGAGUCCUUUGUCGGGGCCCUCGUGAGGCUUUUUGGCAGCCGUAUGCCAACCUUCCUGAGAGUUCCACAGUACCAAUAAAGUCUAGAUGACAAAGAGAUUCCCGGAAGGCUGAAAGGCCCAGGCGAGAGAUCCGAGCUCUCACGGCUCCUCCUCGGUGUGCCUGGAGAAGAGGUGGAAUAGAAGCCUUGACCAGUGGUAUUUCUGCAGCUGAGCUCGGGAUCCAGAACCAGAGCUCCGCUCUGUCUGGGAAAUGAGCUUCCAUGGGAAAUCUAAAUACCUACUUUGGAGGAGCUCCAGAAAAUGUACCCUCGGUGACCAAACGAGAGCUAAGCCAAGGCUGAAUGAACCACUUGUCUUGCUCUCUGUGCUUGAUAAUGUGCUUGACGUCCAGACAGCUGCGGGUGUCCUAGGCUGGACUAACAGACGUGGAGUAAUGGAAUCACCUGACCUUUAGUCCUUUAUGAUUAAUAUUCAUUUUGACCUCAAAUACCUAAAGACAAAAAAGGGGCAACAUUUCUGUGUACCCAGAAUAAAAAGAGAAUUCUCUAUAAAACCAUGAAUUUCCACUUCACGCUAUUUGCUUUUUGGGGGAAAAAAAAAAGUACUGCACAUCAUUUUCAAAGCUCUACUGCUUCCUGCUAAAUUUUCUUUUAUUCUUUGCUGUGCCCUUUUUCUAUCUUUCCCUCCCACCCCACCCUACCCUAGAGAUAGCUAUCAUUAGACACAGGAGUGUGUGUGUGUGUGUGUUGGUGUGAGUAUAAACAUAUAUAUAGUAAAACCAUACUAUACAUACUUCCCUUUAUCAGUUCUUUGAAGGCAGAUAGCAUCUUCUUUCCUAUGUCUUUUUUGUGGAUUUGAGUAUUUAUAAUACUCAAAUUGAGUUAGUCACUCAAAGUGCUCUUAAAACAACAUUGCUUUAAGAAAGCAUGAAAUAGCUUAUCUGCCACAUUUAUGGAUAAGGGAAUCAUUUAGGACCAAAGAAAAUAUAGAGAGCGUUUUAAAAAUGCAAAAUAGAUCAUUUUGAUUAUAUAAAAUUAAAAAGGCUUUGCACAAACAAAACCAAUGCAACCAAAAUCAUAAGGAAAGCAGAAAAUGGAGAGGAUUUUUGCAACACAGGCUUCAUUUCUCAAAUAUAGAGAGAAUGAGGUCAAAUUUAUAAAAAUACAAGUCAUUCCUCAAUUGAUCAAAGGAUAUGAACAUAUCCAGACAAGAAAUCAAAGCUAUUUAUGGUCAUCUGAAAAAAUGCUCCAAAUCACUAUUGAUCAGAGAAAUGCAAAUUAAAAUUCUGAGGUACCAACUUACGCCUAUCAGAGUAGCUAAAAUGACAAAAAUAAGGGAAAACAGGGACGCUGAUGCACUGUUGGUGAAGUCGUAAACUGCUCCAGCCAUUCUGGAGCAAUUUGGAACUCUACCCAAAUGGCUAUAAAAUCGAGUAUAUCCUUUGAUCCAGUAAUACCACUGCUGUGUCUAUCCCAAAGACAUCCAAAAGAGGGGAAGGACUUCUUUGUACAAAAAUAUUUCUAGCAGCUCGUUUUGUGAUGGCUACGAGUUGGAAAUCAAAGGGAUAGCCAUCAAUUGGGGAAUGACUGAACAAGUUGUGUUUUCUGAUUGUGAUUGAAUAUUUUCAUGCUGUAAGAAAGGACAAGGAGGAAGAGUUCAGAAAAACUUGCAAAGACUUACAUAAACUGAUGCAGAGCGAUGUGAACAGAAACGGGAGAACGUUGUAAAGUAACGACAAUAUCGUUUGAUGAACUGUGAAUGACUUAGCUACUCUCAGCAAAACAGUGAUCCAAGAUAAUCCCAAAGGACUAAAGAUGAAGCAUACUAUCUGCCUCUAGAGAAAGUACUGAUAUUGAUUGAAUACAGACCAAAGCAUGCUAUUUUUCACUUACUUUCAUUUUUUUCUUUUCUUCCAGUCUGUCCAAAAUAACUGAUAAGGAAAUGUUUUACAUUAAAAAAUACAAGUUACAUUAUUUAAAAAAAAAGAAAGAAAGAAAGAAACUCUUGCCGUUACAGUAUCCAAUAUUCUCUCGGCUCUGCUCAUUUUGCUCUUCAUUAUUUCAUGCCUUGAAUCCUUAUUAAAAUUGUAAAAGGAAUCCACGGGUGAGGUGGUGGACAUGUCCCCCGGCAUGGGGAAGUGGUUGUGACAAACUGUCACAAUGAGGCCCUAGGGCUACUAGGCUCUCAUUGGCUCCUACCCUACAUUCAUAUGGAACUCUGGGAGCCACAAAUCCAGUAGACAUUUUUGUACUAAGAAAGCUGACAAGAUCUAGAAUAAAUGGAAAGGAUCUCAGAAGAAAUGUCAAGUCUAACUUCCUGGGGGAAGAGCAGCUGGAUUUCUGGAAGAGGAAAUUUAGUUUGACCUGUCUGCUAGACUGCCCCUUCCCAACUCCCACUUUACCUAGAUUCAAAAUUUGGGUGUCAUAUUCAACUCAUCCUUCCCAUUCCCCCGUCGCAUCCACUGUUAUCUACACAGCCUCUCUCCUAAUCGUCCCCUCGUGCCCACUGCCACCUCCAAAGUCCAAGUUCUCAUCGCUUCUUGCCUGCAAGAUCCUAAUAGCUUCCUAACUGGUCUCCUGGCCUCUGUAUUCUCUUCUCCGAUCUGUUCCCCAUGCUUUUGCCAAAUACCCUGCCACUGCCCUACUCAAAAGACCUGAGGGGUUUCCCAUAUUCCUCAAGAGCAAAUAACCUAGCAUUGAAGGCCUUGGGUAUCGGGGCACUAACUUAACAUCUCAUAGCACUCCCUUUCGUGAAUACAAUGCUAUAACAAACUGGACUGCUAGUUAGGUCCUCUUCCACCUCUCUGCCUUUGUUUUUACCUCUUCCCAUCUCUGGAACAGAUCUUCACACACCCCUCCCCCUUACUAGAAUCCUUUCCCUUCCUUCAAGACCUAGCUUAGGCACUAGCUUCUCUUGGAGGCCUUCUCUGAUUUCUGACCUCCAUGGCUCCGCCAAAGGAAAGGAGAUAACAAUGUACCUCUCCGUUCAUCCCUCUUUUUGACUGAUGUCUAGUAUGGAUAAUUUUCUGUGCUUCUCACAUCCCUGAGGUCAGAGCCCGCCUCACAGAAUCUCAGAGUUGGGAGGGUCAGCGGUCAGGCAACCAGAGAAAACGUCCCCAAGAAGGGCUAUUUGCUCGAAGACCUUCCACGAAGGGAGACCCAGCACCUCCCAAGGCGCGACUCAUCCUGCUUUCAGCUAGUCCACAUCUGCUUCUCUGCUCCUUGGUCUGUCUGUCGGGAUGGAACAGACCAAGUCUUUUCUCUCUUCUGCUCUGCGUAUUUCUAGCAGAGCCUAACGAUGCUUGACAGAUUGUGCUUUGAAGAGGUAUCUGCAGACAGGAAUCGUCACAUUCUCUUUUCAUUUUGGUAUCUCCUCAGCACCGGUGCCCUGCAAUAAGUAGGUGCCUAAUAGAUGUCAGCAGAAUUUAUUGGAAUGGAAGGUGAGAUGGUUUUGAGGGUAAAACCAUGGGUAGACACAAGGGAAAGCAGUGGUCUGAUUGAUGACUGCUUUUCAGGGGAUUCUAAAGUUAGAGAGUCUCCUCCAACCCUUUGCCUUAUGGCUUCGGACGCUCAAUAACUAUUCAUUAAGCACCUGCUGUGUGUCAGCCACUAGAGACACAGAAAGAGGCAAAAGACAGUCCCUGACCCCAAGAAGCCUACGAUGGCUGCCCUGCUGAAACUGCUCUUUCUGAGGUCUCCAAUGAUGUCAUCAUGUCACAAAGAACUAAACAGCCAGGGAUGCACGAGGAGAUGACCAGGGACAGGCUGGCGAGGUAACUCCUCCCCUCGUGUCUAACCAGAUUGAAUUCUAGAAUUAGAUUUCUGCUCGUGGGAUCCCAUUCGCUUUAGAACAGAGUCGAAACGCCCAACGUAAAUAAAAGGCCACCUGAACCCCCAGCAUGACAAAUAGGUAUGGAUGGUCACAGGAAGAAGCCACAAGAGUUAAUCAAGAGAGGAAGUAGAAAGGAAGAACUAAAGUCCUGAAGAUCUCCCCUCAAACAAGCACGGAAGGCCAGGAAGAAUUGUCAGCUCCCAACAAUGGGAAACGGUGGUGUUUCUGCUGAUAACCCGUAUGACCAAAGUGCAAGAUGGUCCCCAUCGAAGGAGAGCAAGUGAAAGGGCCAUUUCCAGUCUCCAGGUGACUGGAGAGAAUGAAGUGUUUAUGGGAAGAAGUGCUUCAAGUGAAAAAUAGAAAUAAAUCAAGACAGAGGAAUCCUAAGCUGGACCAAGAACUGGAGGGCAGAAGGAUGUGACACGGUGGAGUAAGGGAAAGGCCACUGGCCACGUGGGCAAAGCUCCCACAAGGAAUAGAGCAAGCCUGCCCGAUGGCGCCCAAGUCCUGGGCAAAAUCCCAAAGAGCGUUUUGGCAUCCCUGCUGCCUCCAAAUGGGGGAGUCGGAAGAGAGGAGAGUAUAUAGGGACUAGUUUGCUGCCACAAAUGGUGGUGUCUAAGGGCAGCAUUGGGAUUAAGAUGAAGAAAUAAGGAGCUCUCCACUGGGAAUCAAAUGCGCUGCCACGAAUGGUGGUGUCUAAGGGCAGCAUCGGGAUCUGGGAGCCAUGGCUUAAGAUGAAGAAACAAGGAGCUCUCCACUGGGAAUCCAAUGUCCCUCAAACCAGUAAACUGUCUUCGCCAGGAGCCUUGGAAAUCUGAUGGCCCAAAGUGGGAAAGGAGACAGAAAACGAAAAGUUUCUGACCUAUUUAUGUUCAACUUGAUAGCAGAAAGAGUAGCAAGUAUAGUGUAGGAGGAAGAAGAGCAAAGCUGGGCUGGUGAGUCUGGGGAAGCAAUAUUCAUGAAGAGAGCCAGUAACCAACCUCGGAGGUUUGUACACAAAUGCACCAAGUGCAAGUGAGAAAGUGACCCCGAGGUCCUAGUGCAAGGAGGCAAAUGUGACCCUGGAGGGGGCACUGAGGUUGCCCAUGGGCUGGACUGGAAUAGCCACCAAAGCGGGAGAGUGGCGUUCUAGAAGAAGAAGGCGGGAGGCUCAGGUGAGGAAAGCCAAGAAUCACGGGAAGGAAGGAAACAUGGCAGAGAGUUUUGGGGUAAGGAUGGCCAGAAGGAGAAACGGAAGAGAGUCAGAAUGGACCCCAGGCUGGUUGAGCGGCAAGAAGAAUGAGAUCACCGAGUUCUGGAACCAUCCCAAACCUAGUGUGGAAACCUGAAGUCAGAGCGAUGGCCGACUCCAAAGGUUCAGACAGUUGCAGGAGCUCCAGCAGAAGCAGAGGAGCCACUGGAUGGGGGGCUUGCUUGGAUCCUUUUUUAAUCUGAAUAAAGGUGGGCAGUGACAAGGGCAUCUGUAGCUACACAAAUAGAAAUGACUCACGGGCAGGGCGAGUAACCUAAGUUCCAGCUUCAAAUUGGAGAUUGGGAAGAAAAAGCUAGAGGGACCAUGACAAGAAGACUGGACACUGUGCCAGCCAUUGAGCCGCCCAGACCGUAACAGGUACACCAAUGCUGUGUUUGGGUUGAACUUGUUCUACAUGGUCCUCAGAGGACAGAGCUGAGUGCGGUGCAUGGUGGGGAGAGAGACAGACAGAGACAGAUUAGCCUUGGUGUCAGGAAAGAACCAAUGGGAACUGUCCAAGGUGAGGUUAUGGAGGGUCUUCAAGCCUGAUCCAGAUGGUCACUUGGGAGAAAGAGAAGUUGGAGAAGGCCUCUUUGAUUGCAGCUGUGGUGACUUUGACCUCCAAGCUACCUUCCAACUUCGGUAAUUCUCCGAAGUGCGGCCUCGGUGCCCAAGCUUUCCUCUCCCAUGUUCUAGUUGUUCUCUGCUCUUUUUGCUACUGCGCCCACUCUGGUUUUCUGGUGCCUCCGUGGCUUCCACGAGUCUCCCUUUUUCCGACGCUUUCCCCUCCCUCCCCAUUCCUUUUUGUCUUCCCUUGGUCCCUGUGCUCUGGCCCUCAGCCUCUUCUCAGACACCUAGACCCAAAGUUGUGAGGCCAUGAGGCAGGCUCUCUCCCCCGAGCACCCGAGCGCUGUGUCCUGGAGCAUCUCUACCUGAGCCUGACUAAGCAGCUGCUCCCCUUUCUUCCUUCACCACGUCUGUUAGCGUCAUCGUGCUCACGAGCCAGCCCAGCACAUUUCGUCUGGGGUUUGCCCGUCGGUCACCGGCUGUCGUCCCCACCGUGACCGUCCGAAGGUCGGCUUUUCAUUCCGUCUUAGCUUCCGACUGCUUCCCCAUCUCCCCCGCCGUAUGUGCCGCGGCCAAACUGGUUGCCCCGGUACGGCCGCACGGCUCUGUCGCUGCACCGCACAAAACUCUUCAAAGGUUUAGGUCCGAGCUCCUGAGCUGGCAUUCGAGGCUUCGAUAGUCUCGGCCAGUUCCGGCUUGCACCGGCUCCCCUCUCACGCAUUUGCCUCGACAUCCCUUGACAGUUGCCUUUAUUUUGGCUUGGGGACCCCUGUGGCUACCAUUCCCCCUGCCAGCAGCAUCCUCCCGUAAGAGUUCCUUCUGGUGAUGUCUUUCAAGGCCCCACUCAAAGGCUGCCUCUUCCAAGAAGCCUCCUCUGCCCCCCCAUCAAGACGUGAUCUUUCCUUCCACUGAUCAUGUAGCACUUUAUAUGUCUCGUAUGCACCUGUAUUCAUUCUCUUGCAUGUGGUAGUUGUCUGUGUCCGUGUCCUCUCCCCCACCAGACUGGAAGCUCCGUGAGGGAAGGCCCCGUGUCUCCGGGAACCUUUGUAUCUCCCUCCAGCCCCCGGCAUGUAUUUGGCACUUAAUAAAUACUUAUGGAACUGCA